CUGCCUUCUUGUCCGUUCCACAUGUUAUGUCAUUCUGAGAACUUUUUCGAUCAUGCCAAUAAAGCCAAAUACUUUAUAAGUAAAUACACAGAUUAAAAAAUACUCAAACACAAUAUUUCCAAAAUUGUCAGGCAUAAAUUGACGUAAUCUAGUAGCUCUUCACAACUUCGCAUUAUCAUAAAAUAUUAUUAUUAUAACGUUGUUUAACUUUACUGUUGUUUUAACGCAGUACAAACAAAACCUGCAGUGGAAAUAUAUCUGAUGGGAAGGAACUGACGUUUACCUACAAAUUAUCCGGAUACUUUCGAACUGUUAAACUUCUUUCGUCCCACACAAAUAAAUAUCAGAUCAAAGUAGGCAAUCUCACUUGCGUAUCAGAUUAUCAUCCCAAAGAAGACGGGUUAAUUUGUAAAAACGAUGUCAAAAUUAUACCAAAAGCACAUCGAUGUGUUUAUGAUGAAGAUGCAGCGGGUUUUAUCACUGGAUGUAGAUCAAGAAGUCACCUAGAAAAUUGCGAAAAUAUUCCUUGUCCAUCAUCAACAGUUAAAUGUCCAGGGAGCUUCUGUAUACCCGUUAGAUUUAUCUGCGAUGGAGAAAUACAGUGCCCAGGCGGGGAGGAUGAAGAAAUGUGUGGCUGUACUAUUGCCAACAAUGAGAUAGUCAUCCUUGUCUACCAGCAGUUCUACAAUAGUCAUACAACUAUUGUUGAUAAUUUUGCGAAGCAGUUUUACAAUUUGAACACUACUGUUAGAAUUAUUAGGUACGAAACAAAACGCCCUCUUGUGGCGUUCAGUUUAAAUAAAAUACAGUUACACAUAAACGACGAACAGCUACAACCGUUCAGUGUUGUGAAUCGCAUUGAAAAAUGUGAGUACCGGAUGAUGGCCGAACAUUUGAUAAACUCUUUACGGUUUUCUGAGACAGCUAUCAAAGGAAUUAUAUUUUUGGAUACUGAUCCAGAGACAGUAAAUGUUGCUAAAGAAAUAUUUAGAAGUGUCUCUCACGUAAAGCAUGACCUAACAAUUUAUCGCAUUAGAGAAAUGCCGAAUAUAGACAUAAAGGUGACAAACGAUUUCCCACACGUGACCGAUGUUGUAAUCAGAAGGUGGAAAACAUUGACUGCUAUCGGAGCUGACUAUUUCUCACAACUAUGUACAGCUUCUUCUGUAAUGCAUAUUCCGAAGAGUUACAAAUGUUCUUCAAGCCAGACAUUUAUUCUAAGUUCUCAAGUCUGCGACGGAGCUCCACAAUGUAUCUAUGGUGACGAUGAACGGCUUUGUAACUUUAGUUGUCCAACGGCAUGUAAAUGUCGUGGAUUUUCGGUUAAUUGUUCCAACACCAAUUUUGAUACGAACAGAAUUGAAAGUGUCCCUAAGGCGACGCGUCUGCUGGAUAUGAGCUUUAACAAAGCCUUGAAUAAUAUUAUCGAAAGGUCACAUAUCAACUUAAUUUCAUUAGUUAGGCUCAACUUAUCGCACUGUGACAUUGACAAUAUAUCGCCAUUUGCUUUUCACAAUGUGCGCCAUCUUUUGACACUAGAUUUGAGUUUUAAUGUUAUUAAGGUUCUAAGAAAAUCAACUUUUGAAGUUUUGACUCAUUUGACAGAACUGAAUAUGAUGGGCAAUUUAGAAUUAACAAUUAUUGAGUCAAAUGCAUUUCGUGGAUUAAAAAGAAUUCAAAAUCUAGAUCUUGCUGGAGGCAAAUUUAGACGUGUAUCUGCCAAUACGUUUUCCGGACUUACUCUUGAAUACUUAGAUCUGUCCGAUGGGAGUAUUGAACAGAUUGAGCCUUUAGCAUUUAAAGAUAUAUCUGUGACAACUAUUAGAUUCGACAACAAUAAUAUAAAAAGUUUUCAUCAAGACAUGUUCAAUGGUGUUUUAAACCUGAAGAAAUUGCGAACACCAGCAUAUAAAUUUUGUUGUGUUAGACCAAGCUACAUGAAAGAGGAAGAUUGCUAUCCCACUAAGGAUGAGUUUUCGUCAUGUGAAGAUUUGAUGAGACUUUCCGCUUUACAGACAAUGCUUUGGUUUAUUGGACUGACCGCAUUCUUCGGCAACUUAUUGUCCAUUAUGUACAGGCUAAUAUAUGACAGAGAACGUCUAAGGAUUGGCUUUGGGAUUUUUGUAACGAAUUUGGCGGCAGCUGACUUCCUAAUGAGUGUAUAUCUAAUUAUUAUUGCUGUUGCAGACGCUGCAUUCAGAAACAGAUACAUUUUUGUGGACGAUUACUGGAGAAGCAGUGCAUGGUGUAAACUUGCUGGAGUGUUGUCAACAGUUUCAUCCGAAGCCAGUAUAUUAUUUAUUUGUCUAAUAACAAUAGAUCGACUGAUAGUUGUUAAAUAUCCAUUGGGCCAACUACGAGUAGAUAAAAUGAAAGCAUGUGUCUUGGCUGCAUUUGCAUGGGUGCUUUCAAUUGCCGUCGCUAUUAUACCAGUUGUUUAUGUCAGCUACUUUCAGGACAAGUUUUACUCAAAAUCUGGUGUUUGCAUUGCACUGCCUUUGACUAGGGACCGACCACCAGGCUGGAUGUAUUCAGUUGCAAUUUUUGUUGGACUAAAUUUUGCUACAUUCCUCCUGGUGGCAUUUGGCCAGUGGCUAAUAUUUUCUGAAAUAAAAGCAGCUAAAAAUAAAUCCGCAGUUAUGAUGAAAAGGAGACAGAAAGACUUGAAAAUUGCAAGGAAUUUAUUACUUGUCGUGGCCACAGAUUUCCUUUGCUGGUUUCCAAUUGGUGUUAUGGGAAUGAUGGCGUUAAGAGGUCACGUGAUUUCAGGAGACGUCUACGCAUGGUCUGCAGUGUUUUUACUACCUAUUAACUCGGCUUUGAAUCCCGUCCUUUAUACCGUGACAGCAAUUUUAGGACGGAAGAAAUUUGCACCAAGCAGCGAUGAACAGACGAGAAACGCAGUUAUCGGUGAGCUGGGCUUACACAGACUAAAUACGUUCAAAAUUGGUCGUUAUUUCCACGAUUUGCAGCGACAAUCGGGAGAAUUUUUGAGCAUCAGCACGAUUUUGGACAGAAAUAUCCCUCUCACCACAAAAUCUAUCCUGACAAUUUGCAUUCGGCUUGCAAAAUGCUUGGAUGAUCUUCACAAUGGAUCAAUGUUUAUUGGAAACCUCAAUAUAGACAAAGUCUUAGUUUACGUUAGAAAUAAUCAGAUAAUUGGAGAUGUUCGACUUCGGGGACGGCCUGCUCUUCAAAACAAACAAGAAGACAGUUUAGACGACAUGUUCCAGAUGGGAAACCUUGUACGUUCUCUUUACAAAUGUAGAAGGCUUGCUCAGAAUGUGGAUCACAACCCGUCAUAUUCGACUAGAUUAUAAUUAGCAUCCUCGGACCUUACAAACGCCGCAUGUUCUAAUUAUUAAAAAUUCCACUUAUUCUCGAUGCGUAUAUGUGUCUGAAAGUUUAUUACUUAUGCUUGGAGACAUACUUGUGCAUAUGCUACACUAUAUAAAAUAUUUGCCUGAAUUUUAAAACUUUUAUUGUCGUUUAUGAGACGUAUAACCUCGAUGUUGUUCUUUAUCUGUCAGGUUUUUUUUUCUGGGACUAGCUGUCAGCUAGCAGUGAAAACCUUUUUGAAAUAUACGUUAAUCUUAUAGAUCUUAGACUAUAAUAGAUACGUUGUAUCAUUUUUGUUUUUAAAAUUUAAGCAUAUGGGAAAGGUUUACAUAUUAAUCUACCUUUCUUCGAAACGGCACCGAUCAUGAUGAACUAAGAUCAUUACGUACGUAUGCGAUGCUCGGACUUGAUCAGUAUUAUUCGAAAAAGAAAUGAAAACUUCUCCCUACUAUCAUUUAGGUCGCAUGGUACUAAUUCAUUUCCUUUUUUAUUGCCUGUUAACGAUUAUCUCAACAGACAGCAAUUUUAAAAUUUAGCGCAUUUCUGUGGUAGAAACAUUAUACGUAACCAUCAGUGUGAAAUGUCUAUUUACGAAAUAUUUGUGCCUAUUUAGUUAAGUGUAUGUCCAGAAUGAGAAUGCGUUUUCUUUAAUAUUGUAAGAAUAUUUAUAAACUGUAUUUAAUGUGCUCAUAAUACCUACUGUAGUGCUCACAGUACCCAUCAAAAAAGCUAGUUCAUUAAAUAUGAAUAUCCAACGGUCUUUAUUUUUGUCCAGCUUCCUUAGUCAGGAAUACAUUUCUUCAUUUUGAAAUAUAUUUUAAUGGAGAGGAAUUCUUUAAUUCUUACUCAACUUGUUUUCAGUGACUUUGAUGCAUUGCAUCAAAAUUCUACUUGUUCUAACAUGAUGCACAAUUUUUUCGAAUACAUUAAUUAUGUACAAUUAAAAAAUAUUGUUGGACUACAUUUAUAAUAUCUUAUUGUUCUUUUCCUUCAUAUCUUGACAGUUAUAUUUUGUGUACUGUAUAUUAUGGUACAUGGGGGAAUGUGCUGAGCGUUUCGUAAACGUUUCGUAAAAUUUUUGUUUGG